CCUCACAACCAACCAAGAAGAGGAACCUUCGCUUCGCUCAAAAAAGAAAAAAAGAAAAAAGAAAAGAAAAAUGUCGAUGCCGCCGGCGGCGUGGAAGAGGGCGAGGAAGCUCGUCCUUGACCUUCCCCUGCUGGCCGGAAGAUCCGCCGGACGCUCCUCCUCCUACUCUUACUGGGCCGGUGCCGGUGCCGCCGGAGAGAAGAUCCAGAAGAGGUCGACGGCAGUCCGGAAGGUGGUGACCAUCGGGGCCAUCAGCCUGGCCGGGGGAGUCGCCCUCAGCGCCAUCAACGACCUCGCCAUCUUCCACGGAUGCACCAGCAAGGCGAUCGACAAGGCUAGCGAGAACCCAGAGGUUGUACAAGUGAUCGGGGUCCCUAUAGCUAGAGGACCAUGGUACGAUGCAUCUGUCGUUUUGGGUCAUCGGCGCCGAUCCGUGUCGUGCACGUUCCCGGUCACAGGGCCACGGGGUUCGGGAGUCUUUCAGAUCGAGGCCGUCCGGAAUGGAGAGGAUGGUGUGUUUUCAUUUCUGCGCCACCACGACUGGGAGAUAUUGGCCAUGGAUGCUCGCCUGGAACUGCAGGUGGAAGCUGCAGCAUUACCUUCAGAUGAUGGCGGUCAGGGUCAGCAACCAGUUGUGAUGAACCUAAACCUGAUGAGCAGCGCUGCUGCUGAUGACGACGACAACUGUAAGAUUAGUGGUACUGGCGGUGGUGAGGAAAUCAGUUGAGAGUUGAGCCUUUUUCUUUUCUUUUCUUUUCUUUUCUUUUCUUGUCGUCGCGACAAGAGGAGAGAGUUGACAAGAAAGAAUAUAGAAUUUUGGUUUGAUGGAGAUGGCAAUAAUCAAUUGAAUUGAGCAUCACUUCA